AUGGACCACCUCAAUGGUACAGCAUCCAUUGCAACCCCGCUGCUGAUACACGUUGAGAGACUCCCUGAAACCUCCAGGCUCCAGCUCCAGACGAGAAGACAAGAUGGCCGACUUGCAGUUUUCAUCCUCUUGGUCGCUGUCACAUUUGUGAGCGCCGCUGUCAUCAACGAGAAACCUGAAUACUGUUCUGAGCCCUCGGUGCCAGGCCUGUGCAUGGCCUAUUUCCCGAGAUACUUCUAUAAUGCCGCGACCAAGAAGUGCGAGCAGUUCAUCUAUGGCGGCUGCGGCGGCAACUCCAACAACUUCUUCACUCUCACCGACUGCCAGUCCACCUGCGAAGAUUAAAGGCGCGUGUCACAACAAGGUCCGGAACUAAUGCGAUGAAACUUCUCCUCCAUAAACUGUAUACAACUAGCAACAUGAUUUGUGGAUAGAACCGUGACAUUUUAUACAAUCUUUAAAUAAAUUUACAGUGAGCAAUAUUCAACUUGGUGAACAGAAAAGCAGUUUGGUCAUACAUUGAAUUUCUACAAAAAGGUAGUCGCUGUUUGUGAGGUGUGUGUCCAGUCGCUUCGCUGUACAUGCAUGUGGACAUUUGUAUCUCUACAACAACAGGUUCCUACCCGCCCAACUUUUCUUUUUCCAUGUACACGUGUACGUGCGUUGAUUCCCUUCACUAAGGAAAACUCUCACCCUAGCUCCAUUGCACCCACCUAAAAAUUGGCACAAAUCUUUCAUAAAACAUGAGAUUGUGUCUGAAAAAAUGGGUCGGGCAAGUCUUAUACCUCUUGGAAUCUUUUAGACUUUUUAGAGUUGCUGUAGUUUCCCACUUCGUGCACCAUUCUGUUUUCUUCUUUCUCUGGUUGAUAUAUCGGAGAACGAGAUAAAAACCAAACAGUUUAAUUUUUUUUUCAUAUUUGGAAAUGAUGAAUAAUUCUUCAAGAAAAAUAAAAUGCUUUAAAGUAUA